AUGGAGGUGGCGGCGCUGGCGAGGGAGGGCGGCGGCCAGGGCCCCCCGCCACACGAGCCCAUCAGCUUCGGCAUCGACCAGAUCCUCGGCGGCCCCGAGCCCGCGGGCGGCGGCGCCGGGCCGGCCCGGGCGGCGGGGGAGCCCGACUACGGGCUCUACGGCGGCGGCUACGGGCCCGCCUGCUCCCUCGGCUCCUACAACCUCAACAUGAGCAUGAACGUGAGCGUCAACGUGACCCCCGCGCCCGCCGCGCCGCCCGCCGGGGUCAUCCGCGUCCCGGCGCACCGGCCCGCGCCCGCCGCGCCGCCCGCCGCCCCGCCGCCGGUGCCCGGGCUCUCGGGGCUAACCUUCCCUUGGAUGGAGACGACGCGCCGCAUCGCCAAGGAUCGGCUCUCAGCCGCGCUGUCGCCCUUUGCGGCGACCCGGCGGAUCGGGCACCCCUACCAGAACCGCACGCCGCCCAAGCGGAAGAAACCGCGCACCUCCUUCAGCCGGGUGCAGAUCUGCGAGCUGGAGAAGCGCUUCCACCGCCAGAAGUACCUGGCCUCGGCCGAGCGCGCCACCCUGGCCAAGGCCCUCAAGAUGACGGACGCCCAGGUCAAGACCUGGUUCCAGAACCGCCGCACCAAGUGGAGGAGGCAGACGGCGGAGGAACGCGAGGCGGAGCGCCAGCAGGCCAACCGCCUGAUGCUGCACCUGCAGCAGGAGGCCUUCCAGAAGAGCCUGAGCCAACCGCUGCCCCAGGACCCGCUCUGCAUGCACAACUCCUCCCUCUACGCCCUGCAGAACCUGCAGCCCUGGGCUGAGGACAACAAGGUGACGUCCGUCUCAGGGGUGGCCUCUGUGGUGUGAGGUCCCCCGGAGAGCUGUGGACAUGCCGGGAGGCGGCGGUGGGUGCCCGCGGUGGGGUCUGAGCCUGGCACCUCUGGCCCGCGGCGGGGAGGGGGCUGCUGCUUCCUGGGAGACCCUCCCCAUUGGCAGCCCCCUCCCUGCCGCAGGCCAGCCCCCUUGGGCUCCCCCUCAGCCACCCCGCAGCUCCGAGUGGGCGGACGUUCCCCUGCCAUUGGACUCAAAGCUCUGCCUGGAGCACUGCUGCGGGCAGUCCCUUGCCCGGACCCCCCCGGGAGCCCAGGGCUGGGUCCCCCACACCACGUGGGCCUCUGCAAGUCCAAUUCCCCCUCCCCAGGGCCCCUAGCUCCAGGGGCAGCUCCUCGGGUGGUCCCUGCUCAGGACCUGCUGCCUGCCCAUCAGCGGCUCUCCCAGCUGGGCCAGGCCCCUCUCCCCCGAUGGCAGCCACAGCCCUCAUCUCACCCAGGGUGGGCUGAGCGGGGUGCGUGGUGGGCCCCCGCAUUCCUGGUGAUGGGGGCUCCCCCUGCCCUCGCUGGUGGCCACCACAGGGUCUGCACCACCCGCGCACACUUGCCUUAUCCUGAUUGGAGUUUGCGAGCUCUGGCUUCCAGCAGUGGCCACCAGGCUGGACGAGGAACCUGGCCCCGCAGCCCCCAGUCCCCCCAGCGGUGUGACAGACUGAUGGACUGGGCUCAUUUGCCCCGUGGGCUGGGCUCCCUGGCAUUCUUGGCCCCCGCACCCACCAGUCUGCCAGCUCCCUGCGGCCCUGGGCCUGGACGUGCCCCUGCAGCACCCCACGAUGGACUUGGGGUGCCCCUGCAUACCAAAGGACUGCACCAGCCCCGCCCCGAGCGGGGCUGCCCUUGUGCCUGCCUUCCCCCCGCCAGUGCCUGUCUGGCUCCCAGGACGCCCUUCACCUUGGCCUCGUGACUGAACCUUGAUCUGGCGUGACCCACAGCACACUCGUGGGGAGGCAGAGGGGUCCACUGGGGGCUGAACACCCACCCCCCCCCAGCAAAUGUCUUCCCCCCCUCCCCCCCGCCCUUCCCUGAUGAUGCCCUGAGUGUGCCCAGCACUG